UACUCAUCGGUCUGUUCUGGUGGGGCGCCAAUAUGGAAGCAUCAAUUUGUUAAUUGUUUCUAAAUUCUAAAAACAUCUUUUGUUUAAUAAAUUCAAUUUCAAGAGUUAACGGAAUCGACGCUUUUUAGAAGCGUUUGUGGAUCAGAUAACGUGAAGAGGUCUUGUGAUAAUAUAUAGACAUCUUGAGGAUGAGUGUUUGAGAUUUUAAUUGUUAUGACUUAGUAUUUAUAUAUAAAAGGAUAUCAUUCAUCGUAUGAAGUUAUUCUAAGCGUGAUAACUCGGUCAGAAUGGCGAAACUAGUAUGUGCUAUAGUUCUGUUAUCUGCAUUAAGCUUAACUCAGAGUGCUGGACGUCUUUUUUGGGAGCGGGAAUACCUAUCCCAGGCUAUCCUAGCUUAUGCAUGUUACGGGAAAAGGCGCUGCACAUAAAGUGAAAGUAUCCCUAUACUACGAAGCACUAUGCGGGGGAUGUUCUUACUUCAUUCACAGUCAGUUGAAACCAGUCUACAAGGAGCUUAAAGACCACGUGCAAUUGGACUUGGUACCAUUUGGAAAUGCUAGAUUUAGAAAAGUUGGAUCAAAGUGGCAGUUCAUGUGUCAGCAUGGUCCUGAGGAAUGCUAUGGAAAUAUCAUCCACGCCUGUGCUUUGGACUCAAGUCCCGUAGAAGUAGCUUUGGAUUUUAUUGCGUGCUGCGAAGGACAAAAAUUCGUUACUUCAGACAAAACUUUCCAAAAGUGCUCCAAGAAGGCAGGCCUGAAGUUCGAAGACCUCAAGAAAUGCAAAGAGACCAAAGGUGACGACCUCCUAGCGGCAUACGGUAAGAGAUCGAAGCCAGUCGGUUAUCCUUGGGUUCCUUUCAUCACCAUCAACGACAAAUAUGACGAAAAUGUGAGCAUGAAUGCUAUGUACGACCUCAAGAGUGUUUUGUGCGAGCAUCUCAAAGAUGACCCACCUAAGGCCUGUUCGAAGAAAACAAUCGAUGCCGUUGACGAAAUCAGCGUAUGCAGAGCUUAAAUGUUGUUUAUGUCAAUAAAACUUGUUACGAAAAAUGACCUCAA